CAAACCCAGAUAUUUCUCGAAGAAAUCAUACACCAUCUGAGGUUAAAAGAAAAUGCAAUGCUAGAAAAAAACUAAUUUUUAAUGAUACCGCAUCUAAGUCCUCGUCUUCAUCUGGCUCUGACUCUGAAUCUUCUAGCAAUGAUGAAGAUUUUACUAUGGAUCUAAAUUUUCUAGAGAUGUCUAGCUGUCCUCUAUUCUUCGCAAAGCCUGUCACUCCAAUGUCUGUAAUGCGUAAAGUU